AUGAAUGCGGAUGAGAGAGAGAUUAAGAUGGAACGAGACAUAUCAGAGGCGAGGAAAGAGGAAGAAGAAGAAGAGGAGCAACCGCUUAGCCCAGCGGCACGUGUGUUCCACGCACCGGAGUUGAAUUGUUACGUCAUAACGGUGAUUGGUAUUAAGAAAAAGAUCGAGCCAGAUGUGGUUAUCGAAGGAUUAAAGCAAAGUUUGAUCAGGCAUCCUCGUUUCUCCAGUAAAUUGGUGAACAUAAGGAACAAGAAUAAACAAACUCAGAGUUGGGUUCGGACAAACGUGGUUAUUGACGAUCACGUCAUCGUACCGGACAUUCAAACGCAAAACAUAGAGAACGCAAACGCAGAGGCGUUUCUUGAGAGCUACGUCUCCGACCUCACGUUGAUCCCUUUAGACAUCUCAAAGCCACUAUGGGAGCUUCACCUACUCGAUUUGAAAACCACAGAUGCUGAAAACGUUGCCAUUUUAAAGUUUCAUCACUCUUUGGGAGAUGGUAUGUCUCUAAUGGCCCUUGUCCUCGCUUGUAUGCGUAAAACAUCGAACCCCGAAGAGCUACCGACUCUACCGUACCAAAACCGGGCGUCGUCUAGAUCUUCCCGGUUAAAGGCCGGUUCAAGGGGUGAUUUUCGGUUGGUGUGGUUAUUUAGGGUUCUAUGGUCGGCGAUUAUGAUGGUUUUGAAUACGGUUCGUGAUGCUUUGGAGUUUACUGCUACGGCAUUGUUCCUCAAGGACACUGAAACACCCAUCAAAGGUGAUUUCCGGUUAAGUAAGCGUAAACGGAUGUGUUUGGUUUAUCGUACCGUAAGCUUGGACGACAUAAAGCUAAUCAAGAAUACCAUGAAGAUGACGGUCAACGAUGUAGUACUUGGUGUAACUCAGGCUUCUCUGUCGCAGUACUUGGAGAGAAUAUAUGGAGAGAAGAAGAAGAAGGUAGUAGGAGAAGAUCAAGAAUCUAAGAGGAAUUCAAAUGAUUUACCUAAAAAACUAAGGCUAAGAUCAGCUAUACUUGAUCUAGCUGAUAUGAUGGCUAAAGGAUCUAAGUGUAGAUGGGGAAAUUGGAUUGGCUACAUAGUCUUUCCGUUUUCUAUCAGUUUACGCGAUGAUCCAUUGGAGCAUCUUCGAAGAGCCAAAAAGACCAUUGACCGGAAGAAAAACUCGAUGGAAGCUGCGCUAACAUUCAUUGUCAGUAAAUUCGUGAUGAGAUUGUUUGGAGUUAAGGUGACAGCUAACAUAAUAAAUAGAGUAUUUUCUAACACAACGAUGUCAUUUUCAAACUUGGUUGGUCCUAUUGAAGAAAUUAGCUUCUUUGGACAUCCCAUCACUUACAUGGCCUCAAGCGUUUAUGGUCAUCACCAUGCGUUGAUGAUGCAUUUGCAGAGUUACAUGAACAAGAUGACGAUUGCUUUGACCGUAGAUCCAACGGUCAUAAGUGAUCCUCAUCAGCUACUUGACGACUGGGAAGAAUCUCUAAGAAUUGAGGGGAAACGUACAACGAGGCAUAAUCUUGAAGUUAUAGAAUCGUACUUUGGUGGCCGAUUCUUUGAUGGGUUGUGUCGUCGUUAUCUUUGA